UGUUGGUUUUAAAUGUGGGGAGAAAAUUGCCUCGUACAAUUUGGGGCAUGUAAUUGGAUUUAUAAUUUGGUGGUGGCCGCAUAUGAGAGUUUUAAAUUCAUAGUACAUUUCACCUACCUGUUCCACUUUCUGGAAUGUAUUCUCGGUAAACAGUCAACCCCAUGUCUCCUCCAGUCGUGGAAAAAACGAAUGAUAGCGGUUAGAAAAUGUCAAACCUAGUAAGAAACAAAGCCUCCUUCCCUAACCGGGAAUCGAACCCAGGCCGCAGCGGUAAAAGCCCUACAUGCUCACCACUAGACCACCGAAGAACCACAAAUCCACACCUCUUCUCCUUGCUUCUGACUACAGUGACCUUUUCCCUUUGCUCUGGAAGGCCUUGAGCCUUCCGGAAGGGUCACCCGUCGUUCCAGAAAUCCUUUCCUAAGGUCGUUCCCUCCCUGCUUCGUCCAAAAAAGGAGCCCGCAGGUGACGCUCCGAGCGCGCGCGAGGCCAGCCGUGUCUGCAAGUCCCGAGCGAGUUGCCUCAUCCUGGCAGCACCUCAGAACUGGCCUGGUGACGCGUCUUUGUGAGGUGGCUGCGUGUGGAGAGAAGGUCACCGGUGACCGGGGAGCGUGCUAGGGGCCCACUGGAGGCGGGAGAGAAUGUGCGCGGGGAGAGAAGGGGCCGCGCACCGUGACCCGGCAUCUCCAUCGUCCAAAUGUACUCAGGCGGAUGUAGCAACGGAGACAGCUUGGAUGGAAAACGCUUUCAAAUCAGGCUCCAAGGCCCUGAACUGGAUUCCGAAUCCUUCCCAUACAACCUGCUGCACCUGCAGUUUUCUUACCUUACUUGAGGGCAACUCCAUCCUUCGUGUGCUCACGCCAAAAAACUUGAUGCCGGUCUUUCACAAUCCACAACCUAAUCAGUUAAGAAUUAGUUUUUCCUUUCUGAUUAAUUGCGCACUUUGAUCCACACAGUCUUCUUGGUCUGAUUUUGGCCCUCGACUCUCCUGAUAAAGGCGUGGAAAUCGAUUCAACUCGCGACGCUCGGUCCGCUAAGACUUCAGGGUUUGAGACCUUAAACCUCGGGAGCGUGGGGCCGGGUCGCGGUUGAGACUUUUCUUGGCUCCGCCGGUCCAAAUCGGCCUCUUCCGGGCCUGUACUCGGGGGCCGGGGGCAGGGCGGGGCCGCCUCAGCGGGGCCCCUCUUGCCGGAUCGGGAGCCCCGCACCUCGCGUGACGCCGGCGGAGAAGCUUCCGGCGGUGUUGAUUUCAUUUGCCCGCGGCCCGCGAGACGCAGGGGCGCGGUGCGCGCGGGCGCACACGGCGACUUUGUGGUUCUCGGGCACCCGCUGCCCUCCCGGCUCCUCUCGUUCUCCCUCGCGGGCAGUAACGUCCGGGCAGGAAGAGACCUGUAGGAGACGGGAAGCCUCUCCUUUAAGUCCUGUCCAGUCAGGAUCCAAAAACGGUCUUGAAGAGACAGAGGGCGAGGUGAAAACAGAUUAAGGGAAAAGAAGAAAUCCCAUGCGAAUUCCUCAUCUAAACGCACCCUGAAGAUGAAGUCGGCGUCCGCAGCGACCCGGUCCUCCCGGCGUGGUGAAGGAGGCAGUAAGAGUGUUCUUUGUGAGAAAAUGCUCCAACUGAAGCCUGUGAUGCAUCAACCCUUAGAGAAGAAGGGACCUGCUGAGAGGGGAGUGAAUGAGCAGAAGACUCAGCCUGAGAAAGCAGGAUUCUCCUCUGUGUCUCACAGUGGGAAAUAUUCCUUGAUCCAGGAUCAGGCUCGAGAGUUGACCCACCUGCGGGAAAAGAUGAGGAUUGGGAGGGCUGUCUCUUCCCUUCUCAUCCAGCAUGUCAAGAACACAGUGAAGACCUUUGAAGAGCUCCUCAGCAGUAAUAAGAUUGACUGCUACAUGAAGCAGCAUUUCCGUGAGCAGCUGGCCAAGGGCAGCCAGCUAGCAGAGAGCCUUGCCAGCAAGUUCAACACAGAUGACUGUAUAAGUAAGAAGAAUCAAAGAGAACAGGUGCUGCGGGACCUCAGUAUCUUAAGGGAGUUGCAGAAGAAGGAUAAAAUGACAGAAGUCCUAGAGACCAAGCAGGAUGCCCGGCCCCAGACUAGGCCCCAGACCCACUCCAGCAGCCAUGCCCAGUCCGCUGCCCAUCGCUCCCCUAGCAGCACCUCUCCGCUGUUUGAUGAGCAGGAAGUGCGCCCUGUAGUGGAUGUGGCCAAUGAGAGCCCAGCCACUCCUGCUGAUUCAGGUUCAUUGCCCAGCAACCAUUCAGAAGCCAUGUCUGCUCAGCCCUUCUAUCCUUUGAGUGGCACCACACAACUGAGUGGGACACCAGACCCUGGGCUUCACGGCAGCAGUGGUCCAUGGGACGAGAUGAGGCCUCAGAAGAUGAAUGCAUCUGGGAACCUAUCCUCCUUCUCCUCUUUAUACCAGCCCAACUCCAAGCCCUCUGGGGCCGACCUGCUGGAAAAGAAUCUUGUUGAGAUCCAGAACCUGCGCCAGCGCCUGGAGGAAUCCAUAUUCAUCAAUGACCGCCUGCGGGAGAGGCUGGAAUAUGUGCUCAGCAAAGCUCACCAAGGAAAAAGAACUGCACAGCCAGCUCCAGAUAUCUCCCUUGCAACCCCUCAUUCAUACACUGAGAGUCACUAUUCUGCCUCUGGUAAGGACAUCUUGUGACAUGACAGCAGGAGGGUCUAGAGAUAUGUUCUCCAGAUUUUCCAGCCCUAUCCAACAGCAUUCGUGGAUGUAAACUUGGAGGCAUCAGAUGUUACCUUUAAAUGAAUGGAUCAAUUUAAUAAAUUAUUAUUUAAAACUU